GGGAAAUGGACGUGACAUUUCUUCAGACUGUCCCUGAGCUUCUGUGGGGGGAAAAGCCUUUGUAGCGGUGGCACAUGGCAGAGAGGUGGUCCAGGCAGCACAGGUUGGUUGGGAAGGAACUCCUGCAUCCUUCACUGUGGUCCCAAACCAUGAACAUUGUGGGCCAACUGGCAGAGACGGUGUUUGUGACCGUGAAGGAGCUGUACCGUGGUCUCAACCCCGCCACGCUCACCGGGGGCAUCGACGUCAUAGUGGUGCGACAGCCGGAUGGCUCCUUCCAGUGCUCUCCUUUUCACGUUCGCUUUGGGAAGCUGGGCGUGCUGCGAUCCAAGGAGAAAGUUGUGGACAUUGAAAUAAAUGGAGAAGCAGUUGAUCUGCACAUGAAGUUGGGUGACAAUGGAGAAGCCUUUUUUGUGGAGGAAAAUGAAAACAUGGUGGUCCCAGCCCAUCUGUGCACAUCCCCGCUUACCCUGGAGUUCCCCGAGGUGUUGCCGGAGGCUCCUGAGGGGUCCUUCAGUGGCGGCUCUGGCACCCGCCGGAAGAAGCGCCGGCGCAAACGCAUGCGCUCUGAUACUCACCUGAGGGAAGACGCCAGCUCCUCGUCGGAGGAGAGGGAGAGGGAGAAGGACGAGUGGGAGAGAGAUGGCGAUCAGCCCGGACAGGAGAGUCCUGCUCAGGAGGAGCACGUGACGUCACUGCAAAUGAGUAAAUCUGUGUACUACUCACUGUCUGAGGAGACUAAUAAUGAGGUGGAGGCCACGAGCUGGGACACUCAUCCACACUCAGACGGAGAGCAGUCGCCCUUAGAAAGCACUGUGUUUUAUAGCCGAUCAUCCUCUCCCAAGAGUGACUCUGAGCUUUUGGUGAGAACCCAGGAGUCGUCUGGGCCCCAGAUACAGUGGAACUGGGGUGGAUUUCCUAUGCUGUGUUCGUCGGAGAGGACGCCGGUGGAGGUGCAGCACAUCACCCCUUCGGGCACUUCUCACUUUCGCACCAUACAGAGACAGGAAUCCUUUGAGUUGGAUUUGGAGCCCGUCAUCAGCUGUGGCCGAGUCGGCAGCGUAACCGUGAUCAGGCCGCAGCCGCGGACUCCCAGGCCAGACCCAGACAGUCGUACGAUGCCAAAUACGAAUUCAGCGGACGACGACCCUCCCACUCAUCAUCCUGUUAAGACUGACGUAAACGCCGCACCAGAGCUUCAAUCAACAUUAACGGCACAAGACAGAGACUCGCCUUCUAAUUCUGCUAGUCUGAUUAAUUAUAAGGACUUUGAUGACAAAAACAACACAGUUAGCACAGGUAGCGUGGUCAGUGUUAGCAAGCUAGACAACGAAGAGGAACAGCCCUCACAACACAGGGAAGAGCGCACAGCCACAACAUGCACAGGUAGCGCGGAGUCAACGUACCAGGCUUUAGGCAGCAGCGUCCUACUCAGCGAGGGCGACAGUGGGAUAGAUCCCUGUGCUGAGGGAGGGGAGGAGGGCAGUGAACAUCCCGUUAUGCGUGGAUCAGACGGGGGCUCGCUGACCAGCAAGGCUGCCGUAAAGGUUGAGAUGAGAGCUGCAGGGGACAGCAGGACUGCCCCCGACGUUGUAGGGAACGCACCGGAGGCGCCGUCCAAAGUGGGACACCAGGGCAAGAGGAAAGUCGCAGCGAGACGUAACCACCAUCUAGGACCUACAGAUAUUUACUUGGAUGAUCUGACCACUCUAGAUCCAGAGAUGGCUGCGCUGUACUUCCCAAAGAGUGACUCAGAGGGAGCCGUGGCGCUGGCAGCAGAGCACGGCUCCUGCUCAGAGAGCCAGUCGCCUCAGUCGGUGGGCAGCGGCGCCAUGGACAGUGGAACCGAGUACCUGUCCGACUCCACCUCCUACAACGUGGACGUCAGCAUGUCCCUGUGCGGCCAGGAGGGCGACACCAGUCAGAUCACCAAAGAAAAGUUUCUGAAACACCUUGUGACGUACCAGGACUUUGCCAAAAAUCCAGGAAUCAUUGAAGAUCCUAAUCUCGUCAUCUGCAUCAACUCCAACUAUUACAACUGGGCUGUAGCUGCUCCAGUGGUUCUGUCAAUGUCAGCUUUCCAGAAAAACCUUCCUAAGAGCACAAUAGAGCGAUUAGUGAAGGACAAGAUGCCCAAGAAAUCUGGCCGCUGGUGGUUCUGGAGGAGGAGAGACAUGGAAAACCACCGUGCAGACACUCAGCACAAAACCACAAAGGAAGGAGAAGAGAAGCCACAAGCAUCAGUGAAAGCGACACUGGAUGACGUCGACAGCGAUGAGGCCGCAGGUCUGGGCCGUAAAGCCACCCUCCCUCCCAACGUGUCAGCGGAAACUCUUAGCGCCACUCAGUGUCUCAGCCAGAUGUAUCGCAAAUCCCUGCGCCUCACCUCCAAACAGAUUGAGCGGCUGAAUCUGCGCGACGGCGCCAACAAGGUGGUGUUCAGCGUGACCACACAAUACCAGGGCACGUGUCGCUGUGAGGCCGCCAUCUAUCUGUGGAACUGGGACGACAGCGUCAUCAUAUCAGACAUAGACGGCACCAUCACUAAGUCUGAUGCUCUGGGUCAUAUUCUACCUCAGUUUGGAAAAGACUGGACACACAAAGGCAUCGCCAAACUCUAUCACAAAAUACACCAAAAUGGCUACAAAUUCCUGUACUGUUCAGCGCGGGCUAUAGGUAUGGCUGCAAUCACCAAGAACUACCUGCAAUGGGUCAACGACCAAGGCACCGUCCUUCCUAAAGGCCCAGUCCUGCUGGCUCCCAGCAGCCUCUUCUCAGCACUACACAGGGAGGUUAUUGAGAAGAAGCCAGAGGUGUUUAAAAUCGCUUGUCUCGGAGACAUCAGGGACCUGUUCAACCCGCAGAGAGAGCCGUUCUACGCGGCCUUCGGCAACAGGACCAACGAUACCUACUCCUAUAAGCAGGUCGGCGUGCCCGACACCAGGAUAUUCACGGUCAAUCCGAAAGGAGAGCUCAUGCAGGAGAAGACUAAAGGAAACAAGACCUCCUAUAGCCACCUCAGUGAACUGGUGGAGCACUUCUUCCCUGUGCUCUCUGCUGAUGGGAACAGAUUCUUCUCUUUUGACUGUCCUGAGUACAGCAGCUUCUCCUACUGGAAGGAGCCUCUGCCAGAAGUCGACAUAAACACACUACUGUAGGCACCACGGCUCAAUGUGUCAAAAACGGGCGGGGGGGGGGACAUACACCCCCUCUCAUUUCCUUACCAUUAAGACAUUUUUCCCAGCAUGCCUUAUUAUGUGCCGACUUUACAGCCUGUUUUAUGAGCCACUGGGUAAACUGGAAAACAAAUUAAAUUGAAGAUGCGUGGACACACAGGUGUGUAAACCGCAUCCAUCAUGCACUACUCCGAUUCUGACACAACGUUUUAUUGUGAGUAUGCAAAGUACAAGCUGGUUGAAUAGUGCAAUAGAGUUCUAUUACUUACUUACAUGAGGGUUGCAGUAAUAAGCGCAUCUGAGGAGCUUUACUGUAGAAAUGUUGGUCCACUGCAUGAUGGGACUGAUCCUGAUAAUAAAACUGACCAUGACCUUUA